GUGGCACGGGCCAUGUCGGUGUUCGUGACGCGGCGGAUCCCGGCCGAGGGGCUGCGGGUGCUGUCCCAGGCCAGCGGGUGCCGCGUGCAGCAGUGGGACUCGGAGGAGCCGGUGCCGCGGGCCGAGCUGCUGGCGGGCGUGGCGGGGACGAGCGGGCUGCUCUGCCUGCUCUCGGACCGCAUCGACCGCGAGGUGCUGGACGCGGCCGGGCUGAGCCGCAGGGAUGUCCCUGGGCACGGGCUGGCCGGGCAGCAGCCAGGGCUGCCCCCAGCCCGCUCUGGUGGCAGGGGGAUCCGAGUGGGGUACACCCCCGAGGUGCUGACCGACGCCACCGCCGAGCUGACCGUGGCCCUGCUGCUGUCCGCCUGCCGCCGGCUGCCCGAGGCUGCCCAGCAGGUCCGCAGUGGCGGCUGGACCACCUGGAAGCCGCUGUGGAUGUGUGGGUACGGCCUGUCCGACAGCACCGUGGGCAUCAUCGGGCUGGGCAGGAUCGGACAGGCAGUUGCCCGGCGCCUGAAGCCCUUUGGGGUCAGCAGGUUCCUGUACACCGGCAGCGGCCCCAAGCCCGAGAGCGCGGCAGAGUUUGGGGCUGAGUUUGUGCCGCUCACCAGGCUGGCCGAGGAGUCAGACUUCGUGGUGGUCACUUGUGCCCUGACACCAGCUACCCAGGGCAUGUGCAACAAGGACUUCUUCGGCAGGAUGAAGAAGAGUGCAGUGUUUGUCAACACAAGCAGGGGGGCUGUGGUGAACCAGGAGGACCUGUACGAGGCUUUGGCGCACGGGCACAUCGCGGCGGCCGGGCUGGACGUGACCACGCCGGAGCCACUGCCCCCUGAGCACCCCCUGCUGUCCCUCGGGAACUGCGUGAUCCUGCCGCACAUCGGGAGCGCCACGUACGCCACGCGCAGCACCAUGGCCGUGCUGGCAGCCCAGAACCUGCUGGCCGGGCUGCGAGGGGAGCCCAUGCCCCACGAGCUGAAGCUGUGACAGCCAGACCCCGAUGGCCAGCCCCUGAUGACAGCCAGACCCCGACAGCCAGCCCCUGGUGACAGCCAGACCCCAAUGGCCAGCCCCCGAUGACGGCCAGACCCCGAUGGCCAGCCCCCAAUGACAGCCAGACCCCGAUGGCCAGCCCCCCAUGACGGCCAGACCCCGAUGACAGCCAGACCCCGAUGGCCAGCCCCUGGUGACAGCCAGACCCAGCUCCAGCAGCGCCGAGGGACGCCAGCCUGUGUCCCCCCUGCGUGGCCAGGAGCCAUUAAAGAGCAGCAGCCAA